AUGAGUGAGAUUUCAUUUUCCAAAGAAGAUCUGUUUCAGCCUAGAAAAGAAAGAUUUACUGCAAUUAUGACCAGAAGAAAGAAAUCAAAGAGUGGGAAGCCACGAUAUUAUCUUUAUACGAUGGACAAUCAAAAUUUAAUAAUAUGCUCAGAAUACCAUGUAAAUACAACAAUACCUUUCCGAAUUAGCCAAAACAUAUCCGAUUUCAACCCUGAAUCAGAAAGUUAUCUUGGAAAAAUCGAACAUUCGGAGCUGAGUAAUAAAUAUACGAUAUUCAAAAAAGAUGGAUCUGAAAACAAAAUUAAAAUAGCUACAACACGCUUCGAACUUAAAUUCCAUAAGACAACGAACCACGAUCGAGAAAUGGAUAUUACGUUAUAUUCAGAUAAUGAAGAACCAAUACCAGUAAACAGAGAAGAAUUUAAUAAAAUUAAAGAAUUGUAUCCUGAUUUAGAAUUUAUUCAGUCAAUGCAAAAUAUUUACUUUAAAUACGAAGGCAAACACUGCUUAUCUCUCGUUCAAAUACAUCCCGACGAAUUUCUUUUGGAUAUCGAUGCACCAUUUUCAAUUUUUUCAGGGUUUGCUUCAUCUUUAACAACAAUGGUAAAAAUUAAAGGUGAGUAA